GCAUGAUUAUCAGUUAUUGGAAAGAAGAUGAAAUGUGAGAUAGCAAUCAACAUUAUAAGUGAUUCAUAUUGUUAAUAAAUUUCAUCUAUUUUAUUUGUUAAUUUAAAUAAUUUGAAAGAGAAGAUAUAAUCAUUAUUUCGUGUUCUAUUAAUAUAUUUAACAAAAAUAAAAUUUAUCUACAAAAUGUUAAGUAAAAUAGUUAACAUCAUAUCGAUUCAUAGUCUGAUUGGUUAAGCCAGUGUUCAAUGCAAGUAUGGCCGCCCUGCCAUCACCCACGCAGGUGGCUGGAAGCCAUACUGCUAUAUAUGAGGCUUAUUAUAACCAGGUGGAUCCAAAUGGAUAUGGACGCAUUGGGGCAAUGGAAGCUGCAAGAUUUCUUAAGAAAUCUCAGCUAAGUGAUGUUAUAUUAAGUAAAAUAUGGGAUAUGGCAGAUCCACAAUCACGUGGUUCAUUAGACAAGUCUGGUCUUUUUGUUGCUCUUAAACUUUGUGCAUUGGCUCAAGCAGGAAGAGAUCUUAGUAUGUCAAAUUUAAAUAUAGAAUUGCCACCUCCAAAAAUGGGUGAUAUUCCUAUAAUAUCCCAAAAAAAUAUUAUAAAUACUUUACCAGUAAUAACAUCUGUCAAUAAUGGAGAUUGGUCCAUUAAACCUUCAGAAAGAGCCAAAUAUGAUCAACUUUUUGAUAGUUUGCAACCUUCAAAUGGAUAUAUACCUGGUAAUAAAGUAAAGGAUGUUCUUAUGGAUAGUAAACUUCCUUUAGAUACACUUGGAAAGAUUUGGGAUCUUGCAGAUAUGGAUAAAGAUGGUAUGCUGGAUAGACAUGAAUUUGUUGUUGCUAUUCAUUUAGUAUAUAAAGCUUUAGAGAAAUAUGCUAUACCAAGUGUACUUCCACCAGAAUUAAUGCCACCAGGGAAAAGAAAAGAUUCUACUGUACCAAUAUCAAAAUCUUCUGCACCAAUGAGUGUAAUAACAACAGUUCCACCACCAAUUCCACCUUUACCCAAUGUAUCUUCAAUGAAGAAUAUGACUGGUUUGGAUACAACAAAGAUAAAUAUGCAAUGGGUAAUUUCAUCCGAGGAUCAAAUAGCAGCAGAUAAACUGUUUUUGCAAGCUGAUUUAGAUAUGGAUGGAUAUGUCUCAGGUAUUGAAAUCAAAGAUGUCUUCCUUCAAAGUGGACUUCCACAAACUGUAUUAGCUCAUAUAUGGAGUCUUUGUGAUACAUGUCAAAGUGGAAAGUUAAAUAAAGAACAAUUUGCUUUAGCCAUGUGGCUUAUUAAACAAAAGCUUAGAGGUAUUGAGCCACCUGCAACUUUAAGCCCUGAUAUGGUACCACCUUCUAUGCGGAAACCAUCUGAAUCUAUUGUGGAAAACAAUAAUAUAUCUGGUUAUUCAAAUCCAGAAUUGGACAUGAUAAGUAAAGAUAUAGCAGAACUUGUAAAAGAGAGGCAAAGUAUGGAACAAGACAUAGCACAAAAAGAAGCUGAUAUAAAAAUAAAGAAUGGUGAAAUUAAAAGUUUACAAAGCGAAUUGGAUACAUUGGCUGCUACAUUGAAACAAUUGGAGAAUCAGAAAGGUGAAGCACAAAAACGAUUGAAUGAUUUGAAGGCUCAGAAGGCAGAAGUAGAUAAAGAUUUGAGUGAGAUCGAGCAGAAGAUACAUGAGGAACAAAAAAAGGUUGAUAAAUUACGUCAACAAGCAGAAGAGCAAGAAUCAGUAUUGCGUACUCAAGAAGAAGAAUUGAAUUUUAAACGACAAGAAUUAGAAGGCUUGAGACAAGAAGAGCAGCAGUUAGAACAGCAGCAAAAUAAAAGCAGGGACCAAUUAAACGAACUUACUAAAAAUUUACAAGAUACUCAGCUGCAAAUUUGUCAAGCAAAAGCAAAAAUUACUCAUUUACAAGAACAACAACGCCAAAUGAGUGAUGCAAUUGCACUUUAUGACUCUGCACUUGCAGCAGGAGAUGCCACUCUUGUACCUGAUACUAGUCUGCAAUUUAAUCCUGAAAUUGAAAGCUUAGAAUAUGAAAAGACGAAUGAAGAAGAUAAAAUUCAAAAUAAAAAAAACGUUUCCUUUUCUAAAACAAACGAAAAAACAUUAGAUGGAUUUGAACAAGAUCCUUUUGCAGAAGCAUUUAAUGUAUCAACACCAGAUCCAUUUGGAAAUGCAUUUUCAUCCCCAAGUAUCACUGGAGGAUUCACAGCUGAUCCAUUUAGUGUAUUUGAUGAUAAUAAUAUCGCAAAGCAAGAUCCAUUUGAUCCAUUUGGAGAUGGAAAAAGAACUGACACUAAAACUACUUCUGCAACGGCAGCAACAAAAGAUCCAUUUGGAGAUGAUCCAUUUGCAAAUCUUCAUGCUCCACCUCGACCAGAAAGUCCUAGUCCUGCUCUUCCUCCAAAAAAAGCAAAACAACCACCACCACGACCAGCACCUCCAAGACCAGCUCAAGGACCUACUGGUCCUUUACGAGCAGCACCAGCACCACCUACUCCUUCUCCUACCCCUGAUCCUUUUGCAAAUGCUUUUUCUACUCAGCAAGGAAUUAUGGAUAAUAACAACAGCAAUAAUUUUAAUACAUCUGGAUUUGCAGAUUUUGCUAAUUUUGAUUCCAAGGUAGAAGCUGCACAAUUUUCAGUUUAUUCAUUGACCUGGCUCCUGGAGCAUGAUGUCUACAAAUUAAUUUGUUCUCAUUAUUUCAGUAUUAUGUUUUCUUUUUAUGAUACUGCAUGACAAUUUUUAUAUUAUUUAAUUAUUUAUCACAAAAAAUAUUUGUACAAUUAAUUAAAUCUAAAUAAUUUCAUAUCAUUAGCAAAAUUUUAUAUCAUUAUAACAUUUAAUGCUAUUGAAAAACACAUAUUAAAAAAACCUUUCAUUGAAAAUUAAAUACAUGUACAAAUAUUUUUUGUAAUCAUUAUAUAUUUAAACAAUUAUAUAAAAUGUUCGAGUUAAUUUACAUAUUUUUUAAUUUAUUUAAUUAUUAAUGUUAUUAUUUAAUAUUAUUUAUAUUAAAUAUUCUAUUCGUAAAAAAUCAUUCAUUUUUUAUUUUUUGUCUUUUGAAUUUAUUACAUAUUUAUUACAAUUAUAUAUAAUAUAUAGGAACAGAUUAAUUUAAUAAAAUAAUAUAAAAUAUGUAUAAUUUUUCAUAUUUUUAUAAUAAAAUUAAAUCAACUCGAAUAUUUUAAAUAUUUUACUUGCAAUUCGAUCUAUUUUAAUAUUCAACAGCAGCCAUGGACCAGCAGUUUGAUGAUAAUCAGCGGUUUUUGCGAUAUUCUUUCUGCCUUUUCAGUAAACGAAAAUUGACCACUGAAAAAAACAUGCUUCAGCCGGAACCAACACUGAAUCGUACGGCACCACCCAGACCAACCAGCAGAACACAUACAGUAUCAACGGUAACUUCAAAGCUGCCUGACUUCACGGAAGAUCCCUUCAGAGACUAUCGAUAUGAAGACCUUUUUAAUAUAGCAGAUCCUUUCGCCGACGAUACAGAAGAUUUCAAUGCAAAUAAAAAUGAAACAAUGGCAGGCAAUGCAGAUCCAUUUAGUUAUGGAACAAUUUCAGCACUUUCGCGUAAAAAUUCAUUUACAAAAAGCUUUGAUACUGAUUUCUCAAAUACUUUAUCUUUCACUAAAAACAAGAUUGAUAAAGACAAUGCUAAAUUCGAUACUGAUUUCGUGAAAGCAUUUUCUGAUGACAACCGAAAUAUAAAGACCAUUGAAUCUGAUGCAUUUUCAAAUAUCAAGAUAAAAACGAUCGAUAUAGAUGAAGCAUUUUCUACUAAGAAUGAAAAAUCUACUAGAAGACACGGACAAGAUUUAGCACAUAAUAAAUCUAAAAGUUUUAGUUUUAAUGAUAAAAAAUCUAAAAGUGAAAUUGGUAAAAUUUGGAACGGCAAUAACACACCUUUAACACUAAGCGAAGAAGAGCAAUUUGUUUGGGCAUCCCAACAAAGUUUAAAGACCGAAGAAGAAAGGCGUAGACGCAAAAAACAAGAAGAAGCGGAAUUAGCUUUAGCUCUUGAAUUAAGUAAACAAGACAAAUCUGGAAAAUUAUAAAUUUUAUUGGUAAAAUAUUUUUUUUCAAUUUAUUUGAUUGAAUUGAAACAUAUGUGUGUGUGUGUGUAUACAUAUAUACAUAUAUAUAUAUAUAUAUAUAUAUAUAUGUAUAUAUAUAUAUAUAUAUAUAUACAUGUAUAUUUUUUCGGGCACAACGAUUUUACGAAUCUUAAUAACAAAAUCAGAACUGAGAAUAUAAGAUAUGUUAAGUUAUUAUUAAUGACUAUAAGAUCUGUGCUAAUGAAGGCUAUGAAAGAUAAUCUGUAAUGCUUAUUUUUAAUACUAUUUAGUAUAUCAUAAUCGCUAUAACAUAUUAACAAAAAAUAUUUAAAAAAAAGAAACAGAAAUAAAAAUUGAUCAGAUAUAUAUGUUUGCAACAAUCUAUAGAAACAUUUUAAUUAUGCAAAAUCAAAAUACACUUCAUCGCAUAUAAGAUUGAUUAAAUUUUGAUUUAUUCGAUUUUUAUUCAACACAAGACAAAUAUUGAACUAUAUUCUUACAAUUAAAUCUAUCGAUGCAUUAAAUGCUAUACAAAUAUUUAAAAAAAGUUACAUUAAAUCAUGCGCUCUUUUCGACACUCUAGUUUAUCACAGGGACGAUUUUGUAAAAAAAAAAAAAAAAAAAAAGGAAGAAGAAAAAAAGAUUAAUCAUUGCCUUGCAAUAUCGAAUUCUAAGAUAAUGACAUUUACUUAUAUACUCGUAGCUGAUUGUACAUUAUUGCUAACUUAAAUUAGCAUAUAAAAACAAAAUAUAAUGGCAAAUUAUUGGAUUGACAAUAAAAAAUGUUAUGUACUUGUAUUCUGUGAGUUCAAAAGGGGAAUAGUAAUAUGAUGAUUAUCAUUUGAACAGAUGAAUGAUUCUGAACAUCAUUAUAUAAAAUGCAUAUAUCAUUAUAUAUUAUAUAUAUAUAUAUAUAUAUAUAUAUAUAUAUAUAUAUAAUAUACAUCUGUACAUUUGCGAAUAGCAGCGUAAUAUAACAUUUUUAUUUGUUUGGUCUAUACUAUAAAUGAUAUCCUAUGCAUGUUAUUCGGUACUUGUCUUCGCUAAUAUAAUACCAAAAUUGAAUAAGUAACAUAAAAAAAUAAAUUCUGAUUAUAUAAAUAUUAGUAGAUAGAAAUGUACAUGAUAUAUUAUUAAAAAAUAUUACUAUUAUUAUAGUAAGCUUUUCAAUAUUAUUAUUAUGUAUAAAAAGAAAUUACAAGUUAAAAUACAAAUUUUGUGUUUUUUUAAAUAGUAUUAAAAUGUAAUGAAAACAAAAUGAAAUUUCUUGUUUUGUUUAAUAGAAUAUGAAUUUAUUGAGCAAAUGAAUAAAAGGUGCAAAUAAUAAAAAAUGAUAUUUGUUAUCUUGAAUAAUGUAAGCGAACCGUUUUAUAAUGUUUGUAAGAAUGCCGUCUGAUUCAGCCUUUGGUCUUAGUACGUCCUAAAGAAAUAAGGUGUUCAGAAAGAGCAUAGCUCCAUGUUUGUCAUUGAAAAUCCUGCGUAGCAUGAUAUUCGAAUCAAAUGCAAAGGGCCGCGUUUAACUUUACUUUUAUUAUUAUAGUUAUAUAACUUUACAACGACAACGUAUUACAUAGGCUGUAUAUAUUAUUGUCCAUAUUAUUUCAUUUAAUUAUUAUGAUAAUUAUGUUAUUAUGAUAUAGUGUUCUUAUAAUUACUAUUCUUACUAGUACUAUUACUACUACUACUACUACUACUAUUACUACUACUACUACUGCUACUGCUACUGCUACUGCUACUGCUACUGCUACUGCUACUGCUACUGCUACUGCUACUGUUACUGCUACUGCUACUGCUACUGCUACUGCUACUGCUACUGCUAUUGCUGCUACUGCUACUAUUAAUGCUACUAAUGCUACUACUACUAUUGCUACUAUUAUUAUUAUUACUAUUACCAUUACUAUCAUCAUUAUUAUCAUCAUCAUCAUCAUCAUUAUCAUCAUCAUCAUCAUCAUUAUUAUCAUCAUCAUCAUCAUCAUUAUCAUCAUCAUCAGCACUGUAUUAACUAUAUCAUAAAGUAACAAAGGCGCUGACAAUAUAUCAUUUGCUACUGAAGAAAAAAAAAGUAAAUGAUUGUAAAAUCGUAUUGUUAUACAUUAUUCAUAAGUACGAUAUUAUUGUAUAUUAAUAUUGUUGCUUACAUAUAUUAUAUGUGUUACAUACAUCAUAUACAUUUUAAAUGCAUACAUACAUCACAAUGGCAAAUAAAUAGCGAAAAUUGAAAAAGAAAAUCGAAUUUUGCCAGACAAAUUUUCAUUAGAGUGAACCAAAUGACCUAUUGUCACGCUUAAUUCGACUAAUUUAGAAGGCCUCCACCAAAGAGUCGAAUUAAUCUUCGGUUGUCCCAACUAUAUUUCUAAUGAUAUAUUCUUUUCAUCGUGUUCUUUUCUUAUUAAAAUUUCUUAAAUACUUUCGUUUCAUUGCAUUAUGUUUAAAUAUUUUUAUUUUAAUACUUUUAUUUGAAACAGAUCUAAUCAAUUCACAAAUUAAUAUUAGUCUUUUUUACUACCAAUUGAAUAAUUAUAAUAAUUUAUUAUAUCGUAUAUUAACUUGUAAUUUUUAUUAAAAUAGUAGUACUAUCAAUAUAUAUGUUAUAUACUUUAAAUGUAUAUCACACUAAAAAUUAUAAAAAAUAAGUCUUAUAUAUUUCUUCUAUAAAUCUUGUUUAUAAAUUGUAUCCUUAUAUUUUUAAAAAAUAUUUAUUUGAGUUAGUUUUAGUUAUAACGAAAGAAAGUUGGAACAAUGGAGGAAAUAAAAUUCGAUAAAUUUUAUAAUUUUUCUUUAGAUGUGUUUGACACAUUUUGUUACAUAUAUUACAACGUGAAUGUAUUAUUAAAAUAAAAAUUAAUAUUUUAUUAAAAGCAUGCAAAUACAUGAGAUAAAUUGAAGUAUAUAUGCAAGCACUAUUGGAUAGAGUGUUUGGAAUGCAUUAGGAAAUGUGACUACGACAUGUUUAGACCAUGUAUAAAUAGAAAAGGCUUCCUUCUUUCUGUUUUUGUUAAUUCUUAAAGGACGAUGAGCAUGCAUAAAUCAUAGUUAUUUAUAAUGAAUAUUUCAAUAGAAUAUUUGUAAAAAUUUAAAAAAAAAUGUAUGAAAAAAUUAUUUUAUUUUUUCUUUUAUUUUUAGAAUAAGGAAAUAAAAUAUUUGAAUUACCAAAAUUGAUAAAAUAUAAAAAAAUAUACUCGUCCAUUAAGUUGUAACAAUAAUAUUGCAUUAGAAUAAUGCAAAUACGAAGAAAUUAUUAAUAUUGUUAUUAAUAAGAACGUUAAUAAAACUGUUGUUACCAAUGUACAGGUGUGUAAAGUGAAUAGAUAUGCAAAAUAUGUCAAACUUCUUUUUAAUACUUUAUCGUAUUGAUUCGUUUGAAAUAAUAGGACAUCAUGGAAAAUUAUAAGAAUAUAGAUGUCCGAUAUGAAUUUAUUUAUUAAUAAUCAAUAUCAUUACACUCUUACGUUGUUUCAAUGUUCUCGACAAAAUAUUUUAUUUCAGACAUAAUAUAGUGCAAAUUAUCAAUAAUAUAAAUUAUUGCGUUAUAUUAUUAAAUAUAUUUAUUAUAUAUAUUACAUAUAUAAUAAAUAUUAUAUAUAUUAUAAUUUAUUUAAUAUAAUUUAUUAUUAUAAUAUUUUAAUAUUAUGAUAUUCUUUUUUAUUAUCAAUUUCGAAUAUUAUCUUUUUUUAAUACUUCUAUAUUUUUUAUACAAAGAAUUUUGAUUUUUAAUAUUUUGUUUGUUACAUUUUCAUCAAAAAUAUACUUUAUAAAAAUAAAAAAAAUCGAUUUUCAAUAUUAUUGUCGAGAAUGAAGAUAACAUCGUUAAAGAUGUCACAUAGACAUACCUGAAUAAAUAAAACUAAUAUAAUCCAUAUCUGAAAUUGUUAAGAUUCACAAGAAAAAUAAUAUGUGAUAAACUAUAUAUGUAAAUGUCUAUUUGAAUUAUAUAUAAUUAAUUAUUCAAAUUAUUAAUCCCCCAAAUGAUGCGCGAUAACUAUCUUAUUGUACUGUACACAAAAGAAUAUCGGUUUCUUUAUAUAUAUAUUUAGAGAUUUGAGAAACAUAAGAUAAAAGAAGAAGAUGGAAUUGUAGUGAUGCUUUGUUAAUUUUAUGCCGCGACUCUUUAAUAGAUAGUAUUAAUAGAAAAAAAAAGUGUCGCGUAAUAUAACUUUGAUCUUUGUGUAAUUAAGAAAAACACUUUUGAACAACGUAUAUCAUAUUAAUUAUAUAAAUAUAUAUAAAUAUACGUAUUUUCGGUAAAAAAAUUUCUCCGAGAGACUGAACAUUGUAGAAGAUCAUCAUUCAAAAAGAUGGAAUUUCGAUUCCUUCACACGAUUUUUGUAACAUCGAGAAUGAGAUUCUCAUUUAGAUAUUAUCUCUUAUUAGAUAUAAUUUUCAUCACAUUACAAUUAAUUUUCUCGAUAUUUUUAUUUUAAAUCGUAAAAUAACGAAACGACAAAUUGUAAAAAACUUGAAAAAAUGUUGAAUUAUGAUUAAUUAAAAAAAGUGAAGAAAAAAAAAUUUGUAAAAUGGAUUUAAAUUUUAAAAAUAGUGUUUUGAUUCAAAGACAUUUCAUUUUUUUUAAAGCUUAUCGGAGAAAUCUUCAUUGUUAAUAACAAACAUAAUUAAAAAGCAUUCCAAAAAAAUAUUUGUUUAUUUCAUAUUUUUUCGUAAAAUUAUAAAACGAAUAUUGAUCAAAUUUCGGGAAUAUUCAUUACAAUAACGAGAUCUGAAUAGACUUAAAAGUUAUCAAGAUUUAUUUACUAUUUAUUUAAUAUUAAAACAAAAAGAUACUAUUGCACAUGUAUACACAUAGCUGAUUCGCACGUCGAUAAUAUCUUCGAUUUCAUGAACCGCGAAAGUAGAUGAUGUUGAGACUGUAUUAUUACCAUAUACUUUAUUAUUAUCUAUGUGUAUUCUAAUGUCUCCUAAAAUUUGAGAUAUAAUAAAAUUAUAUUGUGUUACAUAAAACGAUAUCCUUUGAAAAGAAAAAAAAAGAGCAUAUUAUUUUAUACAAUGUAACGAAAUUAUAAAUUUUAUCUUGUUGAAUUUAUUCAUAAAUUGCAACUUAUAUGCAAGGUAUUAUGUUCCUUCAUUACUCAUACUAUAGUUGACUUUAAAUAAUUUCAGUAACACAUUCCAUGCCAUAUGAAGAUGAUAACUCGUAGCAUUGAUUGAAAAUUACAUUAUUUUUAAAAGAAAUAUUUUUCUUAUAAUAUUAAAUAUAUAUGUAUAAUAUAUAUAUAUAUAUAUAUAUAUAUAUAUAUGUAUAUAUAUAUAUAUAUAUAUGUAUAAUAACAUAUUAUAUAUAUAUAUAUAAUAUGUUUUUAUAUAAUAUAUUAUAAUAUGUUAUAUAAUAUGUUAAAAAAAAUGUGAAAUAUGAAAAAAGAAUAUGUAUCAAAAUAAAUAUAAAAAUAAUAAUAAUAAUAAACAAUUAUAAUUUAACACAAUAAUAUUCAAAAAUAUUAUUUAUAAAAUUUGAAAUUUUUAACGGCAUAGAAUGUGUUAAGUAUCUUUGCUCAACGUCUAAAUAUUUCAUAAGAUGUUCAUUUUUAUUUUACAAAAUAUACGAAUAAAAUAUGAUUUAUUGGUUUUUGUGAUAUGAUUAGAAUUUUAUCAUUUCAGAUGUUAUGUUGUAUGCUCUAAAUAUUUCUGAACACUCAUUAUUUAGCUGAUAACAAAGAUAAUCUAUUGUUCGCAAGCAUCUGCCAAAGCUCAAACAAAUAUUAAUUUAUUAUUUUUCAUUGUUUCAUUAAAAAAAUAUUUUACAAGUAUAUAAAUAUUGCAAAAAUUGCAUUUCGAUAAUAAAUAAACAUAAAUAAAUUUUCUUAAAUAUGGGAUGCGAUAACUCACGUCAUUAUUUUUACAUUUUUAUUUUAUAUUAUUGAUCUUUAUUGAUUUAUAAUAUAAUUACUUCUUAUGAUAUUUUUGCAGACAUGAAAAAUCUUAAAUGCCAUAUACUUUAUAAUUAAAUAUAUUUAGAAUAAGAAAUAUUCAUAUUUCGAAUCAAGUUUUAUAAAUUGGAUGUAUACCUUUAUUCUUUAUUUCUUUAUUUCUUGACAUAAAAGAAGAAAAGAAUAGCGAAUUUAUGAUUAGAUUUUGUUAUAUAUGAUCAUAUCGCGAUCAUGUGAUUAACAUACAUUGUACGAAUGUUACGAGUUCUUAUAGACAAAAUACGUAUACAACUAUAUAAUCGUUGUUUUAUUAUGAUACAAUCCUUGUAUAUAAUAAGGUUAAAUAUACAAACAGAUCUGAUUCA